AUGUCGAAAAACGAACUAUAUUCAGACAAAAUAAUUUUAGCACCAAUGGUUCGAAUUGGCACCUUACCUACCAGAUUGUUAGCAUUAGAUUAUGGUGCUGACUUAGUAUACACUGAAGAAAUCAUAGACUGGAAAUUAUUAAGGUCGAAAAGGAGAGAGAAUGAGGUUUUGGGGACAAUCGAUUACAUUGACCUAACUGAUGGAACAGUUGUAUUUCGGACUUGCUCCAGAGAAACGUCUCAAGUAAUUCUCCAGAUUGGGACAAGUGAUCCUGAUAGAGCAUUAAAAGUUGCUCAGCUCGUGGAAAGUGAUGUGGCUGGCAUAGAUAUUAAUAUGGGUUGUCCAAAGGAGUUUUCGAUUAAAGGUGGAAUGGGUGCUGCAUUAUUAUAUCAACCUGAAAAAGCUGAGAAUAUUUUAAAAAAAGUUAUUUCUGGUGUGAAAUGUCCUGUCACCUGUAAAAUAAGGGUCUUGGAAGAUCUGGAUGAAACUCUUAAGCUAUGUAAAAGAUUGGAAUCUUGUGGGAUAGCAGCAAUUGCAGUUCACGGAAGAACUAAAUAUGAAAGACAGCAACACUCCAAUCGCAUUGAGUUUUUACAAAUGAUAUCGGAAUCACUGUCAAUUCCUGUUAUUGCUAAUGGAGGAUCAAAGGAAAUAGAUACCUUUGAAGACAUUAUUCAUUUUAAAGAAAAGACUAAAUGUAGCAGUGUAAUGGUUGCUCGAGCUGCCGAAUGGAAUGUAUCAGUAUUUUCUAGAUUUGGCAAGAAACCUUUAGAUGAUGUGAUUAAAGCUUAUCUUAAGUAUGCGGUUGACUAUGAUAACUCGCCUUCAAAUACGAAAUACUGUGUUCAAAACAUGUUGCGUGAAUUACAAGACACGGAGAAAGGAAAAAAAUUUUUAGAAACUCAAACCCUCCAGCAGAUAUGUGAACUGUGGGAUAUGCAGGAUUAUUUUGAAACAACUCAUGAAAAGCAACAAAAUGAAGGCUUAAUUGGAAGACGAGAUGUUUGUCCAGUAAACUAUCAACCACCUUGUAAUGAAAUAGAUAUAAUAGAAAUGGAAAUAUCAUUUUUAAGGAGUCUUUAUCCAAGAGAUCCUGAUCUUCCCAAAAGUAAACUUCUAAUGUGGACAAAAAGUCAGGGCUAUAAAAUUCCUUUUUAUGAAACUAAGCAAGUUGAUAAGCUUUUUCAAUCAACUGUAACUGUUAAUGGCAACAAAUACAGGUCAUCUUUCUGGGAGAAAAAUAAACGUUGGGCAGAACAAGGAGCUGCACUCGUUUGCUUAUGUAGUGUUGGUGUACUUGAUUCUAAAAAAUUGAAACAUUAUGGUAUCCUAAGAUAG